CGUCAAUUGAACUCUGCGUCCCCUUUUAAGAGCUUGCACCCUCUUUACCCGUUAACUUCAUAUUUCUCUAUAAGAAUGGGUAGCAUCCGCCCUCCAUUCGCUGAAGUUGAAGCAUCACGGCCCGAUUUCGACCAUUCAGCGCCGCUAACCUGGACCAAAUCACCCAAUCCCGGUUGGAAGCAAGGACAAGGAGGAAACGAUAACCAAGCCAGCCUGGAGAAAAACCAUGUUGAAAUCGACCCCUACGAAGCGGGCCGGACUGCACACCUCAAUUACAAGCUCAUGAUCUCCGCGAUCGUGCCACGGCCAAUUGGACUCCUGAGCACCAGAUCAAGAGACGGGCGGACCUUAAACGUUGCCCCCUUCAGCUUUACGCAGAUGGUCAACUUCGACCCGCCAAUCAUCGUCGUGGGUUUUACGGGAAGUCCGGAUCCGCCAAAGGAUUCUCUACGCAACAUCCUAGAAACGGGGGAGUGCGUUGUCAACACAGUCAGCGAAUAUCAUCUUGAAGCUGUCAACCACUGCUCUAUCAACGUACCACAUGGCAUAUCCGAAUUCGAACUGUCAGGGCUGCACCCGGCCCCGUGCACGACAGUCAAAGCCCCUCGAGUUAAGGAGUCGAUAUUCUCGAUUGAGACGAAACUCGUGGAAACAAAGGAGUGGAAUAGCCGGGCGAAUCCAGGGAAGAAGAGUGGUGUUAUGGUGAUACUAGAGGGGACGAGAUUUUGGGCACGAGAGGAUGCGAUCGAUGACGAGAGGAGCCUUCUUGAUCCUGCUGUUCUUCGACCCGUUGCCCGUCUUGGUGGGAUUUCAUACCUAAGGUCGACAACUAUGAUGGAGAUUCCACGACCCUCAGUAAAUUAGGAAACUCUAGCAUCGGGUUCUAGAAAUUACCCGCUGCGUAUGUACUCUAUUUAUAACUUGCUGGGAUUUUCCCCUUGCACGUUUUUUUCCUUCCCUUGUGUUUUCCUUUUUCCCUUUUCGAUAGAGCCGGAUGGAUUCUGAAUUUCUGGCGCAUAUAUACUUGCUUUUGUCUAUGUACCUAUUUAUAUUCGUUUCGACAACUGAUAGUGUUGGAGGUAAUAUCUAACUACCUUUGACCCAAGGAUCGCCCGGCUAACAUUUACUAGCAGUGCUAGUAUUUGAUGCAAUCCCUAUAUGUUUCGGC